UUCAGCUGUUAAACUGAUGGGUUUCCAUCUUGUUUUUGACUCUGUUAUGCUGACGUUGUCGUCGCUGUGAUUUACUGGUUUUUCUGUUUGGAUAUAAACAUGAUGGAGCCUCCUCACAGCAGCCUGAACAGUCUGAGUGUGGAGCUGAAGAGUCUGCAGCUGUGUGACAGGGAAGAUUACUCCAGCCUCCAUCUGAACCAGCUGCUACAGAAAGCCGAGGCGAUUGCUGGCCGGAUGCUGCCGUUUACCGUCUUCUACAGAAACCAACAGCAAGAGUACUUCCAACAGGCCAGCCCUUCCUAUUGCUCCAGAGACGCUCAGUGCCACCGGAUGCUGCCGGCAGUCAAAGACAACAGCGGCAGCCUCGGGUCCCCCAUCAGCGGCAAACUGGAGGGGGUCUUCUUCAGCUGCAACACAGAGUUCAACACAGGAAACCCCCCCCAGGACUCCCCAUAUGGACCCUACCGCUUCCAGAUCCAAGCCGAGGUCCUCUUCAACCAGAACACCAACAUCUACUUUGGGGAUUUCUACUGCAUGUACACGUCCUACCACUACAUCAUCCUGGUCCUGGCUCCUGACGGCACCAAAGGAGACGUCUUCUGUAAAGGGAGGCUGCCGGCGCUGGACAGAUCAAACAACUGCUUCCUGAGCCGCACCGAGGAGGACGAUGGCUCGCUGUCUUUCCGUCACGCUCAGGACGUAAUCCUGGAGGUGAUCUACACUGAGCCGGUGGAUAUGUCUUUAGGGACAGUGGCACGGAUCAGCGGGCAACAGCUCGUGAGUCAGUCCACCGUCAACGCCAAGAAAGACCCCAGCUGUAAGAUCUGCAACAUCAGCGUGGGGCGUUAGCCAGACGUUUGGAUGAUCAGCUAACCUGCUAAUAACUGACCUGGUGGCUAUUGUAGCUAAGGAGCUGCUUGAACUACAUUCACCACCCACUCGUUGUGGAAUCAAUGGCUAACUAAGUGCUAGCAGUGCCUGGGUAGCUAGCAGUCAUUUAACCAAAUACUAAAUCUACUUUUUUUAGUAAAAUGCGUGAGCCCCAGUGCCUGAUUUGGAGCAACAAAGGUGCCAGUACCCUCAAUACAAUCCCUAACCACAAACCCUAUCCACACCUCUAACUGCAGUUAUUUUAGUGUUUUCUAUCCAUUUUAGCGAGACGUAAGUUUCCUCAAAGACCUGCCCUCACUCUGCCUCUGAUUGGCUUUGACCCUGACUUUUUGUUUAACCCAAACCACCUCAGUCCUCACGCCUAUACACCGACAGCUUCACCUGUGGUUAAAAAUCGAUUAGAACUUUAAUAAUAUCACCUUUGUAGAAGAUUUCAAUGUAUAAACCUACAUUAUUAGAACGAGAUUGGGUUCAUCCCAACUGGGCAUGUUCAUGUCAAACUUUCACUCAUGUCACUCAAGUUGUUUCCAGUCUCGAAAUUUAUUAGGUUCUCAGACUACUGUCAUUCAUUCUAGGCUGGGUCUGUUACCAGUGUGCAACUCUCUCCCUUUAGCUACCCGGACCGACGACAUUCUUUUGUCAUUCAGUUCAGACAUUCCUGAAGGAGGCCUAAGAUAAAUAACUUGUUUCUGUUUCCUUUUUAACUUCCUCCCAGUAUCCCAGCAAAUUUGACCAGCCCCACAGAGCGAGGUCUCUUUAGGCGCCACCACCCCUCCAACAUAAUCCAGAUGUUUUUCCAUAUUAAGCCAUUAUGACUGGUGUUCUGAAAUCCCUGUUUUUGACUUUCCAGUCAGAACUUGAAAAAAACUAGACCUCUUCUAUAUGCAACAAUAUGACUCUGCAAAGGCACUCAGAAGGAUGCUUUUUUUUAAACAAAUAUAUCAUGGUUUUGGGUUUUAGUUCAGUUAUUUCCUGUGUGACUUCACAUCCUGAGAUUCUGUCACUCAAAACCCGCAUCUGAACCUGUCUACCUGCCCGCCUGUCUGCCGACCUGGAAGCUAUUUUCAUAUAUUAAACCGCUGAAGUCGUCCUUAUGCCUGCUUUGUCUGCAUUUGUGUCCAGUCCUGCAUUUCCUGAGCUGUGACAAAGUAGAUUAUUAAAGGAUAUAAAAGUGAAACAUUGUGG